AACGACUUCAAAUCUCUACGCAGACAUGAUAACACAAACAUUCUCUGGCGUGUGUGUGUGUGUGUACGUGCGUUUCCCCCUCAGCUAGCUAGCUAGUGCGGCUCCUAGCUUCCGGUUAGCUAACGUAGCUCCACGGUUUCUGCUGCGGACGUCACUCGACAACUCGUCGUGGUGCGUUCACGUACUCGGACGUUCGUGUGUCCAUUAGCACAUUCCGUCCUCUGUCUGUGCCCGUCCGUCCGUCCGUCUGUCCGUCCAUCCUCAUCCCCGCAGCCUGAGAAGUUACCCGGGCACGGAUGCAGGUCGAGCGGAUCGUGUCACCGGUUAAUCAAUGACUGGAGGUUCGCUGUCAGAGUGAGUGAUUGGAGGCUGCGUCGUAAUGAGGCGAUAACAUGUCGGUGAGGGGCCGAGGAGGGAGCAAAGACAUGACCGGAGGUUGUGUGUCUCAGCCCGGAGGAGUGUGACGUGGUUUACAGCAGCGAGAGGCGGUCACCGAGAGAUCCACCUCUUGGGAUAACUGUGAGAUCCUUCAGACCGAGAGAUCCACCUCUUCAGAUCUGUGGUUCCCUUCCUUCAGAUCACUGUGAGAUCCACCUCUUCAGAUCUGUGGUUCUCAUCCUUCAGGCUCCACGGACUCUCACUGGGAUUGGAUCUAUGUGUCCUUCGUUCUGUGGAGGGGGACAGGAUGUCUCUGCUGACUGGACUGAAAGGAGCUGCAAACCUCUGACUGCUGAUGAAUGAGCCUCGAGGAAACUUUUGUAUUUGACCUCUUCCAGGAGAUGUUACCGUCAAUAACACUCUGGACCUGAUAGUUGGAAACAUUUUGCGUUUUUAUCGGCCCUGGAUUGACUUUAUCUUUUAACUGUAUUGUUGUUGAGCUACCUGGCAGCUGAAUCAUGGCACUUUAUCUAGAAAGUCUGAGUAAAGGAGUGGCCAACGGAGGAAUGGCUCAGUUCCAGGAAAUGAUGCGGCAGCAGCUGGAGAGCUCCAUGCACACGGAGCUGGAGAAACUGCUGGACACCACCACGGGGGCCGAGCGAGAGGUGUCCAAGAAAGACUUCGAGGGCUUCAAGAAUCUCUUCCACAGAUUCCUGCAGGUGAAGGGGCCGUCGGUCGAGUGGAUCAAGAUACAAAGACCUCCGGAGGAAUCGAUCCAGCCCUAUGACAGGAUCGAGGCUCGCGGCCUGCCGGACAACGUGGCUGACUGUCUGAACAAGCUGGUGGUGGUGAAGCUGAACGGGGGCCUGGGCACCAGCAUGGGCUGUAAGGGCCCCAAGAGCCUGAUCAGCGUCCGCAACGAGAACACCUUCCUGGACCUCACUGUGCAGCAGAUUGAGCACCUGAACAAGACGUACAACACAGACGUGCCCCUGGUUCUCAUGAACUCCUUCAACACAGACGAAGACACAAAGAAGAUCCUGCAGAAGUACACACACCACCGCGUCAAGAUCCACACCUUCAACCAGAGCAGGUAUCCUCGCAUCGACAAGGAGUCGCUCCUCCCUGUGGCCUCCAGCCUGAACAUGAACGGUCAAAGCACAGAAGGCUGGUACCCUCCGGGCCACGGCGACAUCUACGCCAGCUUCUACAACUCGGGCCUGCUGGACCAGCUGAUCCAACAGGGCAAGGAGUACAUCUUUGUGUCCAACAUCGACAACCUGGGGGCCACCGUGGACCUGCACAUCCUGCACCACCUGGUCAGCCAGCCCAACGGCAAGCGCUGCGAGUUCGUCAUGGAGGUGACGGACAAGACGCGUGCUGAUGUCAAGGGCGGCACUUUGAUCCAGUACGAAGGAAAACUGCGUCUGCUGGAGAUCGCUCAGGUGCCCAAGGCCCACGUGGACGAAUUCAAAUCGGUUUCCAAGUUCAAGAUCUUCAACACCAACAACCUGUGGAUCUCUCUGGCUGCCAUCAAGAGGCUGCAGGAGCAGAAGGCCAUGAACAUGGAGAUCAUCGUCAACCCCAAGACUCUCGAUGGAGGACAGAACGUCGUCCAGCUGGAGACGGCGGUGGGCGCGGCCAUCAAGAGCUUCGACUUCGCUCUGGGGAUAAACGUUCCUCGCAGCCGCUUCCUGCCGGUGAAGACCACGUCCGACCUGCUGCUGGUCAUGUCCAACCUGUACAGCCUGGACGCCGGCUCGCUCACCAUGAGCCCCAAGAGGGAGUUCCCCACCACGCCGCACGUCAAACUGGGCAGCUCCUUCACACAGGUUCAGGAAUACCUGACUCGCUUCGAGAGCAUCCCCGACAUGCUGGAGCUCGACCACCUCACCGUGUCUGGAGACGUCACGUUUGGAAAGAACGUUUCACUCAAGGGCACCGUCAUCAUCAUCGCCAACCACGGCGACCGGAUCGAUAUCCCUGCCGGCUCCAUGCUGGAAAACAAGAUCGUGUCCGGUAACCUGCGCAUACUGGACCACUGAGGCCUUUCUCCACUCCCCCCCCUUAUCAUGUGAUCCAGUUAGGUUUCUAUCCCAGUCAUGUGACCCGUUUGUCAUGUUACCGACACGGACAGUGUGUGAUGCAUGUGCAGCUCUGCUGGACGUGUGUAGCUUGCAUAUACUGCCCCCUACAGGCUCCUUAGGAAUUAUAUCAGAGGUUUAUGUUAAAUAUCGAAAUAAUCACAGCUGUCACUUUACAUAAAGACAUUUAUUAGACACGUCAGAGAGAACAACAGAUUUUAUGGUAUUUUAGUUUUGUCCAUUUCCUCGUCAAACAGUUAAAUCUGCCAGUAACAGCUAAUAAAACUGAUGACAUCAUCAUCUGUCUCAGAGAUCUUAACCCUCAAGAAGAAUCAGGAACAACUACAGAAAGAAUCUGAAUUAUACACAAAUAAUUGAAAAUGUUGAAACACGCGGAUCACGAUGUUAAAGUGAAGAUCUGCAGUGAAAUCGUUUGAGUCGUAUUAAUAUAAUAUUUUAAUAUUUCCUGCUCACAAACAAACGACCAGCGAUGAAAACGUGUCGUCUCUGUAGCUUCUGGAUUAACGACUUUUAUUCAGGCGAAUUAACGACGCCGUGAAGUUUUAUGUAAAAAAAUAAAUAUAUAAAAAGAUAUAAUGUUAAAGUGAAGACGUCUGUUCAGUCCCGCUGUGACGUAGGAAAACACAGCACCCUGUGCAUUACGCUGUUUCCUCCAGUCAGUUCACAUGUUGACCUUCAUGUUGUGUGAAGCCUCGUGCCUCCAUCGGUGUCUCACGUCCUUCUGCCUUUCAGCCUCACACGAGCACCACAAGUCAUUUUAAAACCAACGUGUACAUACGCAGAGUUUCAGCCUGAAAGCAAUAAGUGUUGAUCUGUGACGAGGUGUCGGCCUAGCUCCGCCUCCUCGGAGCCGAAUAAAGUGCAAUAUGAAAAACUGA